GUAGAAUGUUCAUUUUCCUCGACACAAAACUGCAGUGUCAGCCAACUUACGUACGUCGGUAUAUUGUCUAAAUGAGAGUUGAACACGGUUUAACUGAGUGAUUCGCAGAAGAAUCACGCUGGGUGGAGUCGCGAUGCGUCCCGCAUCGUGAUCGUAUUAUAUUCCCCGUUCCAGUUUUGAUGUUAUCUCACCUUAUCAGCGUGAAUAAGUGCCUUCACAAUAAUAACGCUGACUCUUUCAAGUUUUGUGAAGCGUUGACAGUCUUAAGCUACUGCGCAAUCGUCGUCGCGAUAACAAGAAAUGAGAAUUACUAUAGCACCGAGAGUUCAGUGUAGACACGAUCAACGUUCUAUUGGUAUUGCGGAAAUUCUGUUGAGCUGUAUUCUCAUCCGGUGCCGGAAAAAUCGGCGCGGGCAGGAACACCCGAAGUGGUCGCUGAAUGCUGAGGGAUCAGCCGCGUUGCAGACCUAGGGAGCUAGGACCGGACUAUCCUGUGGGAUCGAAUGAAAAUAUUAUUACUGUGAGAGAAAUAGUUUCGUGGACAUGGCAACUCCAACGGUUCUAGCCACGUUUGCGGUCCUCAAGGACCACGUGAAAUUGAAGGUUACUCAGGAUAGCGUGGCCAUUGACAACUUCGUUUUCAAGCUGCACUACAGAGCCACGUUCCUACUUCUGCUGAGUGGCUGCAUCCUCGUGACGUCUAGACAAUUCAUCGGGGAACAUAUCAGAUGCAUCAGCAGUGCCGGAGUAGAGGAAAAAGUGAUCAACACUUUCUGUUUCUUCACAUCAACGUACACCGUGGAGAAACAUAUGAACACGACAGCGGUCGAGUUGGGCGUAGCAUCACAUCCUGGAGUAGGUCCAGCCACCAAAGAUGAUCCCGUCGUGCACCAUGCCUAUUAUCAGUGGGUGCCUUUUGUUCUGUUCUUUCAAGCGAUCCUCUUUUACGUACCUCACUACCUGUGGCGGAUAGUUGAAGGUGGCCGUCUGAAGCAGUUGGUUUCUGGAUUACACAUGGCCUGCCUGGCCUUGAACGAAACGCCGAUGUCCAUUAAUAAGAACGUGACCGUACCCUCGAAACAGGAUAAGGACGACAAGAUCCGGCAGCUCCGUGUCGCUUUCGUCAAUCGUAUCCACUUGAACCGACCGUGGGCGUACUACCUGGGCCUCUGCGAGGUUCUCAAUUUCAUUAACGUUCUGGUACAGAUUUACCUGACCGACAAGUUCUUGGGCGGCGCUUUCCUCGGUCUAGGUCAGGCGCUGGCGGCAGACAGAACCAAUGGACAGUCGAAUGUCCUUGAUGUCGUUUUUCCCAAGAUGACCAAGUGCAUCUUCCACAAGUACGGUCCUUCGGGGAGCAUACAGCAACACGACGCCCUCUGUGUGAUGGCGCUGAACAUCGUGAACGAGAAGAUCUACGUGUUCCUCUGGUACUGGUUCAUCAUUCUCGCGGUGAUAACCAGUUUGGGACUGGUUUGGAGGAUAUUAACCAUGCUGCUGCACUCUAGGAGCUCGAUGUUUAAUAAAUACGUGUUCCAAAUGGCCUGCCCGGGCAAGUACAAUCCGUGGAGCGUACUCACAGUCACCCACGAGUGCCACUUCGGGGACUGGUUGUUCCUCUAUUAUAUAGCGAAGAACCUGGACAACUAUGUCUUCAAGGAUUUCCUGCUUCAGCUAGCGGAGGACAUGCAGGCCAAGCGGCAAUCUCACGCGCGCACUCUCUCCCACGAGGAGGAACCGUUGAAACCUACAGUUUAACACGUUGCAGCUAUAUUUUUCAAUUCUAAUGCAGUCCUCGAUUCAACUAUAUCAGUGUCAUAGUAACUGUUAACUAUAUUAUAUGAGUAUUAUAUCAUAUAGUUACUACAUUCUAUAGGUACUAGACACGGGUACUACACUGUAUAGUUAUUAUGUUACAUCAUAUAAUUGUGACAUAGUUACUGUAUAUAUUAUGAUAUAGUAUUUAGGUACUAUAUUAUAAUAUAUUACAUAAUACAUGUUACUAUAUAGCGCUAUAGUUAUUACAGUAACUAAUAACUAAAUUUAAUAUAAAUUUAAUAUAUAGUAACUAAAUAUUAUAAUAUAUACAAUAACUGUAUCAUAAUUAUAUGAUAUAAUAACUAUCAAAUAUCAGUACAGUCUGAUAAACAUAUUUCGUUACUUUGAUUGAUUGCAUUAUGUUACACUGUCAAUUUUAGAGGUGAAUAGCAGUUGGUAAUUAUUUUGUGGCAUAAUGAAGACUUUAUAGCCAGAAUUGCCUCUUCUACUCUAUCUACAUUAUUACAGCGGUUAAAAAACAAAAUGCCGGUAUAUAAAUACUGGAACGUGUCAGAGCUGCAUUACCUCUCAUUCGCUUUCAAGAUUUCCCAUCCUGAACGAAUGUCUAGCCAAUGAUAAAUGCCAUUAGGAUAAUUGUUAAAUUAAACGCCACGAACUGUCUGCAAUAUAUCGAUUUUGAUAGUGCAUUUGCAAACAGUAAGUGCUGGACGUUUAACAUAAUAUAGGUGGAUGAGUAUAAUGCCUGUAUGUAUAACUUACAAGUUCCUGACAAACUGAAGUGAUGUAUUCGUAUAGGAAGACAGAGGGAAUGAUGAUUUUAUAAACAAUUGUUUUAUAAAAUAUAAAAUUUAGUUUUUGAAAUAUACGAGCAAAUAAACACCGUGCGAUAAGUUACUUAAAACGCAUCGUCUACAUUAAAAACUUUGAAAUAUACAAAAAUUAACGUAAUGACAAUAUUAAAGUUGAAGUGCUAAAAGUGAAAAUGGUGUUGAUCCAUUGGACAUUUUCUUUUUAAGAAGUUCGUAUAUUCUUCUAAGUUGGAGUAGCAUUUGAAAAGUAUUAUGUUCGAUAAAUCCAACGAAUAGUUUGGAAACGUUACUAUAAUGAUAAAAACUCGGUGACUGUGGGAGGAUUUAAUGCGCGAGAUCAUCGCUACGACUUUUUGAUUGACUCAUAAUCAGUAUAAUCAAUUCCUCGAAGACAUUGUCUUAGAACUAUAUCUUUCCAUGAAAUGCUUUAUUUAAAUCAAAUUUAUUUAUUCAAAGUAUUUUUUAACGCCUGAGUAUACUUUAUUGCAAAUGAAAUUUAAACAAUAAACAAAAUUACUAAUAAAAUAACUAAUAAAUAAAGUUUUCAGGAAACGAUACUAUUUUAUCUGGAUGUUAAUCUGCAGAAAAUAUUAAGACCAGUAAUAAAAUAUUCUUGAACUUUGGCUUUUUACAAUUUAAAGGAGAUAAUUUUGUAUAAAUGAUUCAGGCUCAUAGAUUAUAUGCAUACUUUAAGAUACACGUGAAAAUGUUAUAAAAACACAAAGAAAAACAAAGUUCUAUCGGUGACUGAUUA